AUGAUGAAGCUGGUGGUGUUGUCCUGCCUGUUGGCUGCCGCAUCGGCGAGUCUCAUUGCGCCCCUCGCUUAUUCAGCACCAUACGGGUACUACGGAUACGGAGCUCCAUUCGCCUACAGCGCCUCUCUUCUGGCGCCUAUCUCGGACAACUACCGAGGUCCUCUAUCUCUAGCUCCUGGUCAACCCGCUAACAUUCUUGGUGCUGAUGGAAGACCUCUCGAUACCCUGGAUGUCAACUUGGAUCGUCUCGCACAACUGACCGCGCAGGCACUCGACAGUGGCUUUCAUCAUCUGAAGAAACGCUCAGUGGCGGGUCUCAUCACUCCCCUCACUUAUUCAGCGCCCUACGGAUACUACGGAUUUGGAGCUCCACUCGCCUACAGCACAUCACUUCUGGCGCCUUACAACUACCGAGGUCCUCUGUCUCUGGCUCCCGGCCAACCCGCUAACAUUCUUGGUGCUGAUGGAAGACCUCUUGACACACUGGACGUCAACUUGGACCGUUCCGCGCACCUAACCGCAAAAGCACUUAACCGUGGUGUCCAUUUUCUGAAGAAACGCUCAGUGGUGGCUCCCAUCGUCGCUACUCCAGUCGCCCGUAUUGCCACUCCACUGAUCACCCCCGCUGUACCUCUUACCUACAGAGCACCUUAUGCCACGACUGCUUACAUUUCCCCGAUUCCACAUGCUCACUCUGUCUACUCUCACAUCUACUAA